UUUAAAUAGAGAAAACGUCCUCUCAAAUCAAUUGCGAGCUUCGGUAAAUUUUCUAAUUUGCAGUGAGAAAUGUUGGCUAUUUCUGUACGUCGAAAAUCUGUAUUUCAUUUGGAGACCGGUAAUUGAAGUGGGUUCUCGUUAUUUUUUUUCAUCGGCUCAUUGAAGUGGGUUUUCGUUAGUUUUUUCCUUGAGUAACUGAAGUGGGUUUUCGUUAGUUUUUUCCUUGAGUAACUGAAGUGGGUACUCGUUUCCGAUUGAUUUCUCCUGAAGGGGGCGUUACCGAUUUUCUUGUAAGGCGGGGUUGUAUCUGAAAUCAUUGUUUGAGAUUUUCAUUGGACGUUUUAGGGUUUAAAUUGCGUGUUGGAGAUAUUUGCUGAAGGGGUUUACAUUUGAAUUGCGUGGAGGUUUUCAUUGAGGCUGCUUGUAUUUGAAGUGGGUCUUGAUCAGAUGGACAUAUUGGGUAACUCUGCUUCUUCUUCUUCGUCAAUAGCACAACAAACAUGGGAACUGGAAAACAACAUAGUGAACAUGGAUGUCCCCAAUGCAGAGUGUGAUGCCAUAUAUAGAUAUGAUGAGGCCGGUCAGAACAAGGUGCAGCAGGACAAGCCAUGGAACAGGGACCCACACUACUUCAAGAAAGUGAAGGUAUCUGCAUUGGCUCUGUUGAAGAUGGUGGUGCAUUCUAGGUCAGGAGGCACCAUUGAGGUCAUGGGAUUAAUGCAGGGAAAAACGGAUGGGGACACUAUUAUUGUGAUGGAUGCAUUUGCUCUUCCUGUGGAGGGUACUGAAACCAGAGUCAAUGCGCAGGCUGACGCUUAUGAGUACAUGGUGGAGUAUGCCCAGACUACGAAACAGGCUGGACGAAUGGAAAAUGUUGUUGGUUGGUAUCAUUCACAUCCCGGUUAUGGUUGCUGGCUGUCUGGUAUUGAUGUGUCAACUCAAAUGCUAAAUCAGCAGUUUCAGGAGCCUUUCUUGGCAGUAGUCAUAGACCCAACAAGAACUGUAUCUGCAGGUAAAGUUGAGAUUGGUGCAUUUCGAACAUACCCACAAGGAUACAAACCUCCAGAUGAACCAGUCUCUGAAUAUCAAACAAUCCCUUUAAACAAAAUCGAAGAUUUUGGUGUCCACUGCAAGCAGUAUUAUGCUUUGGACAUUACAUACUUCAAGUCAUCUCUUGAUUCUCACCUCUUGGAUCUCUUGUGGAACAAGUAUUGGGUAAACACUCUCUCAUCCUCUCCACUCUUGGGGAACAGAGAUUAUGUUGCAGGACAAAUUUCAGAUCUUGCGGAAAAGUUGGAGCAAGCAGAGAGUCAACUUGCUCAUUCACGUGUGGGUUCAUUUCUUGUGCCCCCACAGCGCAAGAAAGAGGAGGAAUCACAACUUGCAAAGAUUACACGAGACAGCUCAAAGAUUACCGUUGAGCAGGUGCAUGGCCUGAUGUCACAGGUUAUCAAGGACACCUUGUUUAAUUCAGUUCACCAGUCUGCAAGGAAUGGAUUGGUUUCUACCGAGGCAUCAGGCCCUGAGCCCAUGAUUGAAACCUGAUGCAUGAGCAAAAUGACCUAUGUAUUGCAUCAUGUUACGUGAUAAUUGAUAUCUCUUCUUGGCCACAAGUUGACCGGCCAGUUUUGCUUUACCAUGGCUCUCCUGUGCCAAAUAUUUGAAUUUGAUCUAUUGUACAGCAGGAGAGUGGUAAAGUAUCGGCAGCAUAGUGGCAUCUGGGAUAUCGUAGGCAGAAUAAGCUAUCCAGAUAAAUAUAGUUAGAAAUUAGAUCAAAUUGAUUUAGAUGCCUACUUAGUUGAUAUGAUUGUACUUCAGUAGCCUUGCAGCUUUGAUCCUACCAUUUAACUAACUUGAUUUGAAACUAGCAUGUUUGCAAAAAAGGUUGGCAAAUUUCUGUUUAUUAUCAAUAUCAAAUAGGAUGAAGGUCUAUAUAUUUUUGGUAGACGUGCUAGUUUUGGAGCAUAUAUCUGUAUUAUCUUGGUGCUAUAUUGCAAUCCUAGCUGGGUAACGCCAAAGCAAAUAUGCACGUGUAUUUUGAAGUUGAUAACAAUGUUCUUUCUAAAUGGAUAUUAUGAAUAACAGGAGACACACAAUUGCCUUGGUA